GGAGUGAGUGGACGAGUCCAUUCUUGGAUCUCUUGAAGGGGUGGCUCGUAAGCACCUGGCUAGGAGGAGGCGCUCCCAUUUUUUUACGGUUGAGGGGAAGAAAAAGAAAAUGGCAAAAUGUGCAAAUUAGAAGCUCAGUUGUAAGGAAACACUCUAAGGCGGCGCCAGGACUUUAGUGAGCUUAUCUGCUCAUGGGGCCUCCUACUCAAAAACACCAAUUUUGUGGCAUAAAAUCUAAACUACACGUCUUUGCAUUCCAGAUAUCACAAGCCAUGCAAGGAGGUUAGAAGAAAGUGAAGAAAGAGAAAAGAAAUUAGAGACGGUGCAAGGCCCAGGUCUAGCCUGGCGAACCUCCCACAGCAGCUCACCUUGCAGAUCUGUGGCCUCUGCUCCCUUCCCUAAACCCACUGCCAACCAACAACUUCAGCUGGGUGUGUCUGGGCUCUGAAACCUACAUCCACAGCCAAGGACACCUAAGGACACUAUGGACCCACGGGGACCAGCCCCCCAGUCUUUCCAGAGGACUGAGAAACCUGGUCGGGUCCGCCGUCGAAAGACCAGGAGGGAGCGUAAUAAGGCCCUGGUGGGCAGCCGCCGGCCAUUGGCUCAUCAGGAUCCUCUUGUGGCCAGUCGGAAUCCACCCAUAGACCUCCAGGAUCCUGUGGCCUCUACUGCCCCCAAGCUUGUGGUCAUAACCCAAGGCCGGUUAAGCCGGGACCACCGGGGUCUCUUCAGCCAUGAGGUGAAAUCUCUGGAUGUGGCCCGGCUGCUUAGCAGUGGGUCCCUGGAACCAGGCACCCCCACACUACCCACCAAGCUUUCACCAAGCCCAGGCAGGGCCCGAGGACCAGCCUCACAGUCAACAGGCAAGGAGAACCAGGUGCCUGGAGACUCGGGCCCAGGCCCACCUAGUCCCUCAGAGCUCCCUGGCUUGGGGCAGCUGCUAGGGGAGUUGCAGUGCCAGCUGAUUCUACCACAGGCUUUCCCCAGGAGGAACCUAGUGCAAGAGAACAGGGAUGCCAUCGUGGGUACCUUACAGGCCUGCCAUGGCUGUGUGCCCGACCUUACCCUGGUACUCCGGGGCUGCCAGCUGCCCUUGUCAGGGAUCAAGCCUGGGUACCCUGAGAGACGAAGGAUCAAUAGCCCUGAGCAGGCCCCAGGGGAAGGAAGGCAGAGGAGGAGACAGGGGACAAAGGAAUUCGCCUUUGCUGUGCCUCACACCUCCAGCACUCCCACUACACACAGAGUGAGCCUGCCACCACCGAAAGGUCCUUGGCCACCCACAUUGCCUUUGUUGUCUUCACCCUCUGCAGUGGCCUGGGGCCCCCCAACAGCCUUUGACCUGCUGAAAAGCAUCUGGUUGGUGGCCACACCACCCCCACCCCACAACUGUGGGGUAAGCACACCGAAGCCCCUGUCUCAGCAGCUGUCCCCAUUGUUGUCCCGAAGCUCUGCCCUGGACUGGAGUCCCAGCAUACCUGUCCCACAGCCCAGCCUCUCCUGGGUGGUAGCCCAGAGCAGCCCAGAGACCUGGUCCUUUCCACCCAUGAGACUGUACUAAGGGGGCUAAUGCUGGGCUAGGGGCAGCAUUCCCAGCCACUUCAAUAAAAUAUCUUCUUCAUUGUC